AUGAAAAAGCAAUCAGUAUCUAAAAUUGCAUUGCUACCAAUACCAUAUUUUAAUGUGUAUUUCAAAAUACAUUAUCACACUCAACCAGGAAAAGCAAUUAAAAUAGUAGGAGAUUGUAAUAUCCUUGGUAAUUGGGUCGCUACAAAAGGUUUACGUCUUUAAUGGAAUUAGGUAUAGUAUAAAUGAUAUUUUUUUUAAAGAAUGAUGAAUGGACUAUUUGUCUUAAAAUAGAUCGAUCUAAAUAUUAAAAGAUCGAGUAUAAAUUCAUAGUUAAUAAUUAUGAUUUUCCAACAUUGAAUGAUACUAUUUGGGAACCUGGAGAAAAUAGAGUCAUUACUAAUCACAUGAUUGAAAGUGAAACAAAGUCUGAAUAUUUUAAUUGUAUAAAAUUAAUUAAAUAUUAAAGGCGAAUAUUGGGGAUACAGAACAAUUAAAUUAAAAUUAAAUUACAAUUUACCUGAAAAAUAGAGAAUGAUGGUCAUUGGUAGUAUUGAGUAAUUAGGUUAAUGGAUUCACCCAGUACUUAUGAAAUUGUAAACUAAAAUUGACUUAUGUAAUUUUUGAUCCAGUAAACUUAGUAAAUGGAGAACCAGUGUAAUAAUGGUCAAUUUCCUUUAUUGUAGACUCUAUGAAUUUUUCAUUCAGAUAUUUUUAUGUCAUAAGAAAUGAUUAAACAGGUUCAAUGAUAUGGGAAAGAGGAAAUGGAAGAUAUUUGAAAUCUAAUGAUCUCAAAUCUUUUCGAUUGGUUCAAGAUCAAUAUGCUUCAUCUCCAAUAAAAAUAAAAACUUAGUUAUUAACUGCUUGUUAACAUGAGAGACUCCAUAGUAAGAAAAAUGGAUCAUUUUGUUAAGAAGAUCAAUAAUAAUUGAACAAAGAAAUAAGCAUGGGGUAUUCAUUUUCAGAAAAGGAACCUUCGUUUUUUUAUUAUGAGUCUUUUGGAAGACUAAACAAAUUAGAUUGGAACUUUUUUGUUUAAUUCUCCAUUACUCAAAUAAAUGAAAACAUCAUUAUAGGCCCUUAUCCAUAAAAUGAAUAAGAUAUAGUCAUCCUAAGAAAUUAUGGACUCAAAGCUGUACUGAAUUUAUAAACAAGAUUUGAUGUAUAUCAUAGAGGAGUAGAUUGGGAUGAAAUAUUAACUAGUUAUAAGAAAUACAAUAUUUAAAUGAAGAAUUUUGAAAUUUCUGAUAUGGACCCAUAAGAUUUCGAAAAAAAAAUAUCUAAAGCAGUGUUAAUACUAAAAAAACUAAUUAAUCAACAUGAAUUAGUAUAUAUACAUUGUACUUCAGGUAUUGGAAGAGCACCAUCCCUAGUAGUAAUAUAUUUAUCAUCGGUUUUAUUAAUUCCACUAAAUGAGGCAAUAACGUUUGUUAAAAAUAAGAGGGAGCAUUUUUAUAUUAAUUUUAGUAAUUAUAUUUUAUAUAGAUAGANAAAUUCAUAGUUAAUAAUUAUGAUUUUCCAACAUUGAAUGAUACUAUUUGGGAACCUGGAGAAAAUAGAGUCAUUACUAAUCACAUGAUUGAAAGUGAAACAAAGUCUGAAUAUUUUAAUUGUAUAAAAUUAAUUAAAUAUUAAAGGCGAAUAUUGGGGAUACAGAACAAUUAAAUUAAAAUUAAAUUACAAUUUACCUGAAAAAUAGAGAAUGAUGGUCAUUGGUAGUAUUGAGUAAUUAGGUUAAUGGAUUCACCCAGUACUUAUGAAAUUGUAAACUAAAAUUGACUUAUGUAAUUUUUGAUCCAGUAAACUUAGUAAAUGGAGAACCAGUGUAAUAAUGGUCAAUUUCCUUUAUUGUAGACUCUAUGAAUUUUUCAUUCAGAUAUUUUUAUGUCAUAAGAAAUGAUUAAACAGGUUCAAUGAUAUGGGAAAGAGGAAAUGGAAGAUAUUUGAAAUCUAAUGAUCUCAAAUCUUUUCGAUUGGUUCAAGAUCAAUAUGCUUCAUCUCCAAUAAAAAUAAAAACUUAGUUAUUAACUGCUUGUUAACAUGAGAGACUCCAUAGUAAGAAAAAUGGAUCAUUUUGUUAAGAAGAUCAAUAAUAAUUGAACAAAGAAAUAAGCAUGGGGUAUUCAUUUUCAGAAAAGGAACCUUCGUUUUUUUAUUAUGAGUCUUUUGGAAGACUAAACAAAUUAGAUUGGAACUUUUUUGUUUAAUUCUCCAUUACUCAAAUAAAUGAAAACAUCAUUAUAGGCCCUUAUCCAUAAAAUGAAUAAGAUAUAGUCAUCCUAAGAAAUUAUGGACUCAAAGCUGUACUGAAUUUAUAAACAAGAUUUGAUGUAUAUCAUAGAGGAGUAGAUUGGGAUGAAAUAUUAACUAGUUAUAAGAAAUACAAUAUUUAAAUGAAGAAUUUUGAAAUUUCUGAUAUGGACCCAUAAGAUUUCGAAAAAAAAAUAUCUAAAGCAGUGUUAAUACUAAAAAAACUAAUUAAUCAACAUGAAUUAGUAUAUAUACAUUGUACUUCAGGUAUUGGAAGAGCACCAUCCCUAGUAGUAAUAUAUUUAUCAUCGGUUUUAUUAAUUCCACUAAAUGAGGCAAUAACGUUUGUUAAAAAUAAGAGGGAGCAUUUUUAUAUUAAUUUUAGUAAUUAUAUUUUAUAUAGAUAGACAUGCUGAAAAGAUCUCUUUAAAAAACCAUGAUUUACAAUAAUGGUCUAGGUUAUUAAGAUAUCCCAGAAGUUAAAGAGUUUUAGAUAUAGAGCUCUGGCAAAAUAAGAAAAUAAUAAUAUGAUUAUAAUAUUCUUUAUUGA